AUGAAGUCCAAAAUGAAGUCCGAAAUACAACAUGAGUCACCACGCUGCCCAAAUCUCCCACCGGAAAUAUGGGAGAUGAUCAUCAAUUACCUCCUGAUUGAUCUACAUCCGCGCGGGCUCCAGGGUCUGGCAUGUGUAGCGCGCGCCUUUUACAAACGGCUUAAUUGGAUGCUUUACAAGACCGUUCUGCUCUUCUCGUCGCAUGAAAGUGCUCUGUUUACCCGCACCCUGCAAGAGCGUCCACAUCUCCGUACGUUGGUCCAGGAAGUGCGCCACGACGAUGACACAGGCUGUAAAAUAUACUCGGAUGACUCGGUGGCGUUCUAUCAGGUAUUGUCACAGCUACCGAAUUUGGAGUCUCUUGUUAUGAGAAUGCGCACGAGUGCUUGCAAGGAAGACUUGGACGAAUUGGACCGAGUCAAGCCUUUUGAGUUUCUGAUGCGAAAGACCGGGCAUGGUGAACUCCCGCCCAAAUGGGGGAAAUUCCUCUUCCCGCAGAGUAUCACGGAUGGGCUUGUUUUUGAGGAUCUGAAACAAGCGCUGUGGUUCCAAUCUCGCCUUCCUGAUGUUCUAGCUCUUCCAGCACUUCGGUCUUGCCAUAUCGGGAGUGACUACCUGUCUGACCAGGCCCAGAUUGGAGAAGCCGUUUUUAUAGAGCCACUCUUUUGGCACCCAGCCCUGGAGAAGAUUUGCAUCACAAAUAGCGUUUUCGAAAGCGAGACUUUGAUAUGGCGGUCGAAACUGAGGCCACACCGCCGAGGCAUCUCAGCCAAACAAUGGCCACAAGACCAGGCUAGCGAUGUUAAUGACUUCUCAGACGCUUUAGCGCCACAAAAAUCUUCCCUGGAGUCUAUUGAUAUGGACAUUUACUGGGGAGAUGAAACCUGGAGCAAUCUGAGAUCCUUUACCUCUCUGACUUGUCUUACAGUGACGCCGUAUACUUUGACGGGCUCCUGGGAAGGAGAGCACAUAUUUACAUCCCUCGAUGAUGUCACAUUCCCGUAUAGUCUUGAGAACUUCACACUUCGUUGGGAGGAGGAUGAAGGGACAGAGGAGCCAUUUUCACAGAUGCUCGAAAAGCUCGACAACGGUCACCUUCCGAACCUUAAAGAUUUCACUAUCGAGCUACCCCUGCUCUCUUCUCACUACGAUUACCCUAUGGAGUGCAUCGACGAAGACAGCUUUAACCUUUUUAACGAGAGGUUCGAAAGACGAGGAGUCCAUCUCCACGUCCCCGAUGUUUGUUACCUGGACUUUAUACCCAGCUAUGACAUUUGCUCAUGUGAACACAUGGAGUAUUACCACCGUUUCCCGGAGCAUAGAGCGGAAGAAUGGCUGGACGAUAAGUAUCCCCAUUGGGAAAGCAUACCACCCAGUCUUACUCUCGGUGAGAUGGCGGACGAUCUGGCCAGGUGGGAGGUUGCGCGUGAUGAGGAGUCUAACAUAUUUGACCUUGAGGGACUACCUCCGAAUUCCCACGCAGACCUUUUGUUGAAGCACAUUCGUGGCAGGCUGUCAGAUGAAAUGAUGGCAACUCUUCGCCGAUUCACAUAG